UUGAUGUUUCUGAAAAUUAAGACACAGUAAAUGGGAUUCUUUUUCAGAAAAAGGGGGGUUGUAGGACAAUAUUGAUGUAUGUCAGUGUUACACUGGACAGAGUGGAAAACAGAGAACCUCCCUGCAUGAGACACGCGGCAGGUACAGCACGUAUCUUAAACAAGAUUUCACACAUUGUGAUGGGCCAUCCUUUGACAGUACUGACAACACACAGCAUUGUCUCUUUUGUGAACUCAAGUGCAUUCACAAUGACUUCAACGAGACAAACAAGGCUGGAGAAAACUCUGACAAAGGCACACAUCACAUACACACACGAAGGAGUUAACAGCGCAGACACCAUAGGUAGCGGAGAGCCCCAUAGGUGUGAGGAAAGAAUCAUUCAAGAUGUGAAGCUAAGAAUAGAUCUCAGAGACGAGCCCAUCCCACAGGCAGAAAACCUGUUCACAGACGGCUGUUAUUUUAGACACCCCCAAAACGGCCUCCAAGCAGCCUAUGCCGUGGUAAAACAAAAACCUGAGGGAAACUUUGAGGAAGUAUCAGCUGGGGAAGUAACAGGGAAAGUAUCAGCACAGUUGGCAGAAGUAAUGGGAGUCAUUGCAGCAUUAGAGCUAUCAAAAGGAAAGGAUGUAAACAUCUACACUGAUUCAGCAUAUGUCCACGGCGUAAUUCACGUGGAAAUGCGACAAUGGUUGAGAGCAGGAUUUGUAACGUCCACAAAUACCCCCAUCAAACAUGAGAAAGAGAUCAAAAGGCUUGCAGAAGCAGUAAUGUUGCCCAACAAGUUAGCUUUACUUAAGUGUAAAGGUCACAACGCAGAAAACAACUACUUGGCUUGGGGUAACAAUGCAGCGGACAAAGCAGCUAAAGAGAAGGCAGGAUAUACACCAUGGUAUCAAAUGCUUGUCUUAAAAUCCGCUGACUUGCUGCCCGCAAUAACAGAUGAGACGCUUAAAGAAGCUCAAGAAGCGGGGUCUCCUCAAGACAAAAAACUAUGGUCAAACCGGGGAGCUACCAACAAAGAGGGGAUAUGGUACUCCCCAGAUGGGAGACCGGUUAUACCCCCAGAGUGGAUAAGAUCCAUGCUUAAAGAAGCACACGGCCCAACGCAUUGUGGUAAAACUCAGAUGAACAGGCACCUGACCCACUGGUGGCACCCAUACCUACCAGACAUGAUAGCAAAUCACCUAGAAGAGUGUGUAAUUUGCUUAACCCAUAACAUCAGAGCCACUGUGAAACCACACCAGGGAAAGUUUCCUUUACCUAAGAUGGCAGGAGAAGAAAUCAUCAUUGACUACACUGACAUGAUUGACAAAGUAAGAGGAUUCAGAUAUUUGUUAGUAGUAGUAGAUGGAUACACAGGUUGGCCAGAAGCUAUCCCUUGCAGAAGAGAAGAUGCAGACUCAGUGAUCAAAUUCCUAGUCACGCAUUACAUUCCAUUACAUGGAUUUCCUAGGAAAGUGAGGUCAGACAAUGGCAGCCAUUUCAAGAACCAUGACCUACGCACAGUAGAAGAGUCCCUAGGACUAAGACACAGUUUUGGAGCAGUUUAUCAUCCACAGUCUCAGGGAAAAGUGGAAAGGAUGAACCAGAACUUAAAACAAAAACUCAGCAAAGCAUGUGAAGAGACGGGCAUGAAAUGGGUAUACGCAUUGCCUCUGGCUCUUAUGUCAAUCAGGAGCUCCAUUAACAAAGGGACAGGUUUCUCUCCAUUUGAGCUCACUUAUGGUCACCAGUUCCCAGGUCCAGGAGCCCUAAGUGUAGGAAAGGAAGUAGAGGUUCUGAGUUCGAAACCAUACUUCCAGCAACUUAAGGGAUUAGUGGCAGAUUUUUCCACCCAGGUUGCAGAGGCAAAAGGGGGACCCGAGAAACACGAAGCGAACACUGCGGAGUUCGUCUGGCUGAAAGCGAUCAGACCCAAGUGGCUGAGACCCAGGUUCUCUGGACCCCAUCGGGUGAUGCAGAGGACAUCUCACGCUGUCCGCUUGGAAGGGAAAGGAGACAUCUGGUACCACUGGAAUCAGUGCGCAGUGGGGAAACCUCCGGGAAGGACCCUAGACGACAUCAUCACGGACGUGGUCCGCGCAGAGGAGGAGGAACCAGAGGACAACACUCCUAUCACCGACCCAGAAGUCGCCAUAAGCGGGCGGGCUGAAGAGGACGUCGAGGAACGGCCCUGAGGGAACGAGGCAGAGCGGGGUGGAUCAACGCUUCCAGAUGGCGUCUGUCUCCUCCACCGGAGGCUGGCGUGUGAAAGCUGUCAUCAUCCUCCUCGUGCUGGGCCUGCUGUACCUGUCCAAGGUAGCCCCGCUUGAUGAAGCUGUGACCAUUCCAACGACAGGUGGCCCAGACUCUGAGGGCAAAAUCACACCAACGGGCCAAUCAGUGCCUAGCGACAAAGACAGGUUGUUUCCAAUCACCACACUAACAUUCAGUACAAUGAGAGAGAGACACACAG